GCGUGUUUGACCACGAGAGGCCGAUAUGUGCGCUUCCAAACAGAGAGAGUCACUGAAAAACCCUUUGAAGGUUAGCAUUUGGUCCAAACUUUAAACACACCUCACCCUUUUCACUUGUCAGUACUACUCCAUCUGCUCGUGGUUUGACCCAAACGACAGGAGAAAGAUCCCGGAGGAGCUGUGCGACUUGAAGGGGCUUCUCAAACUCGUCCAGAAGAAGAAGGCGAAGGAACCGGUUAUCACCUACAACCUUGUGCUGAAGAGCUCGGUAAAGGGAGGGAGCACAGAGGUCGAGCUACCAUGCUCUCCUGUCCCGGACACUGUGAAGGCCCUCAAGGAGGAGAUUGAGGAGCAGUUCAGUGUGCCCGUGGCCAUCCAGAACCUCUCCUACAAUGGACACAUUCUGGUGGACAACGAUGGGAAACUGAAGAUAAAGGCUGGAGACACCGUUGAGGUGUCCUACACCUGCGAGGCGGAGGUGCAGAAGGUCAAGAGGGUACUGACGUGGGUGGACUACAUGUGUACCUUCCUCCAUCUCCACCAUCCUCUCGUCUCCACCGAGCUAUCCCAGGAAGUCGAGCUCCUCGCAAAUGUCGGACUAAACGAACGUCUCUUCCAGAGGCUCGCCGGGAACUACUUCUCGCCUCCCGACAACCCCCGCGUGAGAGCCAACAAGGCCUACUUCCUCUACAACAACGGCGUGGGUAAACUGGUCAAGCUCCUCGGUGUCAUCACAGAGAUGCCCUGGGGCCAGUCGUUUAUACACCUGAAACUGAUGGAGGCUGCGCUACUAGACGCCCUGCGAAGUUUUGCCACGGGGAACGAGGAGUACGUGAAGGAGUUGGUGAAGAACGACGUCCCAGGGUACGUGGUGUCGAUGAUGUCACGCGUGAGGCUCAUUCCGUUCAGACCGGUGGAAGACAUGAUGGGGUCGCCCGGCGUGAAGAAACACAAUGACUUCAUCAUUCUGGAUAUGAUCAGUUCAGUCCUGGAGAUCAUGUGGACCAUGAGGAGGCACAAGGAGCAGUUCACGGAGAUGACCACCUACCACAUCUGCACGGAGAACCUGGUCUAUCUCUCUGUGUCUCCCUCGGUCACCAACCGACAGGCCUGCAUGGCCGUGUACAUCGUCCUCCUACGGCUCAUCUGGAUCGAAUCUAUCGUCGACCUCGGCCAGGCGUCUGUCAUAUAUCUGGAGGCUCCGCGGAUCAGGGAGAGCUUUGGGGAGAGUCCAGAGGAGGUUGUGGCCAUCAAGUAUUUCUGUUCUGUUUUUGUGGCGUGGAAGUUUAUGCACAACUGCAACCACCUGAAACCACCGUUCUCCGGGAUUCCCACCCAAAUGCAGAAAACCUGCGACGUCAUGAAGGAGUUCCUCACCACGUGUCCUCGCGACGAGAUCAUCAAGAUGGUCGAGCGCUACGAGCUCAUCGUCUACAACCUCUUGCCAAUGUUUGGCCUUCUCUUCCACCCAAAGAACCAGCCACGCACUCUUCUGCCUGCCUUCUCCCUCGAGUUUAUCACGGAGAUGGACACGCUGGCAGUGAGGUGCCUCCUCAUUCAUCUGGAGGUGGUAUUAUCGCAACAAAGCGUGCGAGACGAACUGGCUUUUAAGGACACCGAUCAACACAUUGUGUGUUUCCCGUGGGGACUGCCUCCACAGACAAGGGACCACGCAAGGCACCUGGUGAGACACGUCCAAAGUUUCAAGCCUCUGCCCAUACCAAAACUGUCCAUCAUCGCCCGAGCCAGACUGGCACGGACCUAUCUGGAGUUUGACAAGUUGCAGAAGGAGAAGCAGGGGGAGGGGUCGCUGGAUCAAGUGGCGUACCCGCAGAUAGCUCGCAUGGGUCUGCCUGUCAUGUCCAGAGACCAGCAAGUGUAUGUGAUGGCCAUCCCAGACCAUCGUAGGUAGAACUCCAAACCCUUUCUAUUUUGAUGUUUUAUCAGCAU